AUGGAUACACAAAUAUUUUCAUUAGAAGAUAUUAAUGGAAGUACUUCUAAUUUUGUAGAACAUAUUGUUAUAACUAGAGAUGACCCAAAUAAUUUUAAUGAAAACAAUCAACUUAAUUUAUCCGAACCUGCACAUUCUCUUUUGCGAUAUUUUCAAUAUUCUCGUGGAGAACCUUUUGGAACAUGUAGAAUUUGUCAAAAAGAGAUCAGAAGGACACAAGGGAAUACAAAUGGAAUGACUAAACAUUUAAUGAAACAUCCAAAUAUUUUUGAAGAAUUUUCAACAGCUAAAAGUGCUAUGCCUCCUUCAACUAGAAUGUUAAAGAACGAAAAUUCUACCCCUCUGAAGAAAACAAAAAUAAAUGGACAAAGUGAAAAAGGUCCCGAUAAUACUUUUUUGAGUGAAGAUUCUAAUUAUAAUGGAAUUGAUGAAACAAUAAUUGAUUUGUCUAAACCCCCUCACUCACUUCUUCGUUAUUAUCAGUAUGACAGAGGUGAUCCAUCAGCAAUUUGUAGAAUUUGCCAAAAACGGAUUAGUCGAAAGAAGGGAAAUACAAAAGGAACAACUAGACAUUUAAUGCUUCAUCCAAGGUUUUCCUUUUAAUUUUUUAGAAAAUCUUUUUUAGUUUUUUCAAACAAUUUGCUAUAGCCAAAAAUGUUGAAAUCCCUGUAUUUAAAACUAAAAGAGAAUUUAAUUCCUCCCCAAAAACGUCAACAAAUCAAAAUAAAAUUUCAAAAUUCGCAAAAGUAAAAAUUGAAAGAUGGGAACAAAAUAAUAUAAAAUCAAAGAAAAUG